UUUGAGCACAUAAUUGACGUUUUGUUUACAUGUGUUCAAUGUAAGUCAAUGGGCGCCGGUAUUCGGCCAAUGGCGGCGUCCAAAGAAUCUUUUGCCGGAUAGCAUGACGGCGGUCCUGCAGUCGGCACAGGCUGCCUAGCGCUGGAGCUGAAAUAAGCUAACUAACAGAUACGCUUUCUUAUUUAGCUAUCACAGGUCUCGCUUUUGACGGCGUUCGUCCUCAAGGAGACGAGCGUGUUUUAGACGUCUGUUGUCCGAGCAGCUAGUUUUUGGCCUCACUAAUUUUCCAUCUACAUAGUAAUCAUGUCGGCAGUUCAACGAAUGAAAGUAGCUAACGAAAAGCACAGCAAGACAAUCACACAACGCGGCCACGUCCAAAAGACCACGCGAGUGGUGAAUGAAGACAAGUCGCCGGUGGGUCCAUGGCUUUUGGCGCUGUUUGUCUUCGUGGUGUGUGGGUCAGCCAUCUUCCAAAUCAUUCAGAGCAUCAGACAGGGCAUGUGAUUGCCAUUGCCUCAAGAGUGACUUUCACCAUCUGCCAUCCCUAAAUGAUGCCUGGACAACCAGCAGGAUUACCCCUCCCACCCCACCCCACCCCCCUCCCACACACAAGCAGUCAGACUCUCACCCAGUCCGACUACUUCACCUCCAUCUUUCUCCAUUCUCCUCCAACUUGUUCUUGUUGUGUCCCUCCCCUCUCCUCAAAGCCCACAAGCUCCUUAUACUGUGAAACUGACCGUUUCUUCUCUUUCUCUUUGUCUGGCUUCUUCUUUCCUCCUCACUUUCUUUCCUCCUCACUUUCUUUUUCUCCCAGUAGUUUGAAAGAGAAGAGAAUGACCCCCUUCCCCUCAACCCCCCAACCAUCACACACAUGCACAUGUACAAGCCAUUUUGGCUCCUUAUACUGAAAAUGCCAACUCCCCUUCUACAUUUGUAAAUGAAUUAUUAUUCUUAUUUUUAUUUUGUUCAUUGUUAUUUUAUUUUAAAGAAUCUGCCUCCUGUUAGUAAAUGCAGAAACACUGGUUUUUAAGUUC